AUGUCCUUCAAUUACAUUGCGUACGCACACAAGCCAACAACCACAAGCUGCUCGGCUUCUGGCAAUUUUACAUCUGCCAAUGAUAUUAAUCUCAUCAUGUGCAAAAAUCAAUUUAUUCAAGUCAAUAAAUUGGGUGAGGAAGGUGUUGUUUCUGUUGUGGAAUUUGAAGUACCUGGAAGAGUAGAUACAAUGACCUUGUUCAGACCAACAGGAGAAAAACAAGAUUUACUCUUCGUUACCAUUGACGACACCUUCUUCACAUUGGGUUAUAUUGAUGGAAGAAUUGAAACAUUAGCAAGUGGAUCUAUUGAUGACCCUGUCGGAAGACGGACAGAAAGUGGCUCCAUUACAAUCAUUGACCCUCUGUGUCGUACUGUUGCACUUUCACUAUAUGAAGGCUUACUCAAAAUUAUUCCUUUCGAAAAUAACAAGCAUCAAUUUAAAGAAGCAUUCAACGUGAGAAUUGAAGAAUUGAAUAUUAUCGACAUUAUGUUUUUUGAAUCUCUAGGAUCCAAACAAAAAUCAUGCAGAUUGCCAACAUUUGCCUUACUCUAUCAAGAUAAUCAAGGAUCAAGACACAUCAAAUCUUAUGAAAUUAGAAUUCAUGAAAAGGAAAUUGAAGAAACAUCUUUCAAGCAACAAAAUAUUGAUCAUGGAUCCAAUAUUCUAAUUCCCGUUCCUGUACCUAUUGGAGGAAUGAUUUGCGUUGGUGAAUCUCAAGUUUCAUAUUUUGACGAAAAUUACCAUAGAUCUGUAUCUCCAUCCUCAAAUACUCGAUUAGCCAUUCGUUCAUAUGGAAAAUUGGAUAAUACAAGAUGGUUCCUUGGAGACCAAUCCGGACAAUUGUACUUGUUAAGCCUUCAAGUCUCAGAUCAGAGCCAGGUUAUUGGAUUAACUUUGAAAGAAUUAGGUAUUACCUCAAUCUCAUCAUCCAUUUCAUAUCUCGAUAACGGCCAUGUUUUCAUUGGCUCUCAUUAUGGUGACUCUCAAGUGAUCAGAAUUGUAGAUGAAGUGAAAGAGGAAACAAAUGCCUAUUUUGAAGUGUUUCAAACCUAUCCAAAUAUUGGACCCAUUGUAGAUUUUACGUUUGUUGACACGGAAAAACAAGGCCAAGGUCAAAUUGUGACAUGUUCCGGAGGCUUCAAAGAUGGUACUCUUCGUAUCAUUAAGAAUGGAAUUGGAAUUGAAGAAUUAACAACAAUAUCAGAUUUGACUGGUCUGAGCCGAAUCUGGUCCUUAAAAUCAGAAAAUACCCUGAACCAAAAAUACUUGGUCAUUUCAUUCACUCAACAAACAAUGGUCUUUGCUGUGGAAAGCGAAGAAUUAGGCCCCAUCACCAUUCCAGGAUUUGACUCUGAAUCCAUGACAGUGGCAUGCAACACAGUGACAGGCAAUAACUUCCUGCAAGUGACAGACAAGGCUGCUCGUCUUGUAAAUUAUCAAACAUUGGAACUGGUCGAUGAAUGGAAAUGUCCCAGAGGUACCACUAUCAGUCUUGCUGCAUCAAAUCCAACACAAUUAGUGGUAUCUUUGGGAGAAGGACGUCUUGUUUACAUUGAAAUUACGGAGAAUGGUUUUAAUCAGGUGAACCAGACCAAGCUUGAAUAUGAAGUUUCUUGUAUUGAUAUUACUCCAGAAGAAGGAAAGAUUUCGUCACCAUCGUGUGCUGUUGGAAUGUGGACUGAAAUUUCUGUUCGUAUCUUGAAAUUACCCUCGUUCGAAUUACUGGCUUGUCAAGAAUUGGGAGGUGAAAUUCUUCCUCGUUCAAUUCUCAUGGCAACGUUUGAAGGCAUUUCAUAUUUAUUAUGUGGUUUGGGAGAUGGUCAUUUGUUUUCAUUCAAAAUGGCUGAUAGAGGUAUGGGAAUCCUCACUGAUAGAAAACGAAUCAAUAUUGGUAGUAAGCCAGUCAUGCUAAGGCCAUUCUUGUCGAAGGACAAUCAAUUGAAUGUUUUUGCUACCUCUGAGAAGCCCACAAUCAUAUACAGUAGGAAUCAAAAAUUGGUCUAUUCCAAUGUGAACUUGGGAGAAGUGACUGAUAUGUGCCCAUUCAAUCACGAAAGCUUCCCAGAUCACCUUGCAAUUGCCAAUGAAAAUUCAAUUCUAAUUGGACAAAUUGAUGAAAUUCAAAAACUUCACAUCAAAACGGUUCAGUUACAUGCACAACCAAUGAAAAUAUGUCAUCAACCAUCCUCAAAGUCAUACGGGCUUCUCAUUACUCAAUUCGAAGAGCCUGAAUCUAGUGCAGUAUUUUAUUUGGAUGAACAUACCUUUCAGAAAAAGUCCGAGUUCAGACUGGACAACAAUGAAUUGGGACAAUCAAUUAUUUCAUGUACAUUUGCUGAUGAUGACAAUGAAUAUUUCGUUGUGGGCACAACUAUUAAUGAAGCCGAUGAAGAGGAACCAUCCAAAGGAAGAAUCAUUGUUUUACAAGCUCAAGAUGACAAACUAGUGGUUAGAGCUGAGAAAGACGUAAAAGGUGCUGUCAUGUGCUUGCACUCUUUCAACGGUAAAUUAUUGGCAGGUGUUACUGGACGCUUAAUACUAUUCAAAUGGUCUGAUCAAGCCGAUGAUGAUAGUAAGGAUCUGGUUCAAGAAUGCUCCUGUAGCGGCGGAAUUUACAUUUUAGAUAUUGACAGCCAUGGAGAUUUUAUUUUGGUUGGAGACAUGAUGAAGUCUGUGCAGUUGUUUAGAUACGAAAAGCCAGAAGAUCAAAAUGUAUCUGGAAGUAUUAGCCUCAUUUGUAAGGAUUACCAUUAUUCAUGGCUCAGUACUGCUGCAAUGUUCAAUGAGAGAGAGUUUGUAGCGACUGAUAAUCGUGGUAACAUUUUCACACUGCAAAAGAAUGAGGAGGCUUCUGAAGAAGAACGAAAACAAUUACCUCGUGUUGGAAAAUUCUAUCUUGCAGAUCAUAUUAACAAGUUCCAACAUGGUUUUAUUGGAAUGAGAAUGAGCUCCGAGUUGUCAUUGCCAGGCCUUAACAAUCCAUUGCCAUCGUCAGCUGAACCAUUGUCUCAGGCAAAUCCUCCAAUUAAGACAAUUCUCUUUGGAACGAUCAGCGGUGGUAUUGGUGUACUGGCUCAGCUUCCACAAGAUACCUAUUUAUUUAUUCACAAGCUUCAACAAGCAAUGGCAAACGUUGUGAUUGGCUUAGCCAACAUUUCGCGUGAUACCUAUCGUGCAUUUAGAUCUGAAAGAACAAGAGAACCCUCAACCAACUUUAUUGAUGGUGAUUUUAUUGAGUCCUUCUUGGAGUUCGACCAAGAAACUCAACAAAAGGUUGUCGAUGAGCUUCGAGACAAGUUUGAUGAAAAGUACAUUAACCUGGAAGAACUGCUCAAGAACGUGGAAGAUUUGUCCCACUUGAUCCACUAA